AAUACCUCAUUAGUUACCGGUCUGAUAACUGGAAGUAAAUGUGAUGAAUGGUUGAACGUGUCUGUCUGGAAAAUGGAAAAGGUUUUAUGUAAAAGUCACGGUGGCCUAUGUAUGUUAAAAACAGGAGUAAAAGAUGGACCAACUAAAGGCAAAAGCUUCUACGUCUGCGUUGACAAGCAAGGCUGUGACUUCAGUCAGCCUACCAGUGUUUCACCAUCCCACUGCCUGCGUCAUGAAGACACAAUGGUGGAACUCCAAGCUCUCGCCUACAGUCAACAGGAGCAAAGCUACAAGUUGUUCUACCGGUGCAUUGAGGGUAAAAAAACAGGCCAAAGAUGGUGUGGGAGUAUACCAUGGACUGCACAGCCAAGGAAAGAAAAGAGAAAUCCUCUGUCUGAAACCCAGCUGCAGCCUUCUUGUCUGCCGCCGGUCAGAAACCCCUUCAAGGUCCCUGGCAAGACGGAUACGGACUCUGAGUGUAGGAAAGUACAGAGUGAUGGAGAAAAGGAUAAAGUCAGCGAAUUGUGUCACAAGGAUAAAGGAAAAGAGCACAACAAGGAAGGGGAUGUGGAGAGUGUAGUUCCAGGAGCAGAGAAAGAGGAAGAGGAAAGGAAUCUGCCUUCCUCUGAUACAUACCGUGGUAAACAACUUCCACCAGGGAUGAAAGUUAAAAAGAGAAUUUCACAUGAGGAUAAAGAUGAUCAUAAACCUAACAGUCAGGAAGACGCGGUGGGAAAGAUGCAAGAAAAACCUAAAGAGAACCUUGACAAGCAGGAAGAAGCAGAAAAGAAGACUUCUACCUCUAGUGUCGAAGCUUCUCACUCCAAGAAACAAACCUCACAGGUUGUACAUGAAAAGCCGCCUCAGCUGCUGAUAGGAGCCGAAUCCAGUCUACACAAGGAAACUGACCCAACAGUAAAGGAAGGUGUCUCUAAACCUGUGCCUGGUGGCAGCAGAGACCAACCAUCUGCUGAACUGAAACAAAUCCAGGCCAGACAUCACCAAGAUGAUGACGAUGGUGACAACAAUGAUGAUGAUGAUGUGGUGUUAGUCUCAGUGAAGCCGGCUACUCAGAAAACUCCCCCCAUCUCUGCCGUCCAAAAGACCCUGACCACUUUCCCAGGUUUCCAGCCAGCUUCCAAGGUCCAAGGCCGACAGGAGGAUCCUAAAGGACUGCACCGCCUGCUCACUUCUCAGCUCCAACAGAAAAAGGCCACUCUGUCAGCAGUGAACGUGGCAGCUCUGCCAGAUAAAGGGGAGCGGUUGAGGACUCAGGUCAAAGAACUAGAAGAAGCCCUAGAGUCUCUGAGCCUCGCUGCUCCUUCUCAGCCUGAGACUCAGGGUAAAUCUAGCAGCAGUGGUGCUGUUCCAAGUGGCAGCCAGGUUAACCCAUUCAGUCGGCAGGGGGGCACAAUCCUGCUCCCUGCACCCCCAUCCUCAGGCUCCUUCCAGCCCCAGGCCUCAGGUAGCUCCAUGGGGCUGCAGCUGAGCCAGGGCUACACCCAGAUGUAUGGAGCAAACCCACAGGUUCAUGCUUACUAUGGUGGGCGGAUGACAGAUGACCGUCUGCUGGCAGUGAAAAACGCCACCUGUGAGGCCAUAGACCACCUCCACAAAUCCCUGGAAUCCUGCCCUGAUCCAGAGAAGGAAGUCACAGACCCAAGGGGCAUUAAGGUGUCGCUGCUGGCCCAUCAGAAGAGAGCUUUGGCCUGGCUGCUCUGGAGGGAAAAUCAGAAUCCCUGUGGGGGAAUUUUGGCGGAUGACAUGGGUCUGGGCAAAACCCUGACCAUGAUCUCACUCAUACUGGCCAAAAAGAUCAAGGAGAAAGAGGAAGAUGAGAAGGAGGAGGACAAGAAGCUGGAGGGCUGGGUCUCUAAAACAGACUCCAGCCUUGUGGUCUCUAAAGGCACUCUGAUCAUCUGUCCUGCCUCACUGAUUCAUCACUGGAAGAUGGAGAUUGACCGUCAUGUCAAGAAAGGCAAGCUGAGUGUGUACCUGUACCAUGGCCCCAACCGAGAGAAAAGUGCUAAAGUGCUUGGAGGUUAUGAUGUGGUGGUGACCACAUACAGUCUGGUCUCAAAGGAGAUUCCAGUCCAGAAGGAGGAUGCUGAGAAACCCAACAAGGAUGCUGAUGAUGUGCCACCUCGUUCAGCUCCACUCAUGCGAAUCGCCUGGGCCCGGAUAAUUCUUGACGAAGCCCAUAAUAUCAAGAACCCAAAAGCGCAGACCUCCAUGGCCGUGUGUCAGCUGAGGGCUCGCGCCCGCUGGGCUGUCACUGGUACCCCCAUCCAGAACAACCUGCUGGACAUGUACUCACUGCUCAAGUUCCUCCGCUGUUCUCCAUUUGAUGAGUACAAACUUUGGAAAGCUCAAGUGGAUAAUGGUUCUAAGAGAGGUAGAGAGAGACUCAACAUCCUGACGAGGAGUCUGUUGCUCCGACGAACCAAGAACCAACUGGAUUCCACAGGAAAACCACUGGUGUCUCUUCCUGAUCGAACCUGCCAGAUUCAUCAACUCAAACUGUCUGAAGAUGAGCAGGCUGUUUAUGACGUGGUCUUUGCCCAAUCCAGGUCUACACUACAGAACUACCUGAAGAGACAUGAAGGAAAAGAUGUGAGCGAGGCGGGUGCUUCUAGUGCAAAUCCUUUUGAGAAAGUGGCCCAGGAGUUUGGUGUGUCCCAGACUGACCUCACUCUGUCAGGUUCCCAGCAGCCCCAGCAGGCAUCCAGCACAGUCCACAUCCUGUCCUUGUUGCUGCGCCUCCGACAGUGCUGCUGCCACCUGUCCCUCCUUAAAAAGACUCUGGACUCGUCAGAGCUUCAGGGCGACGGCAUUGUCUUGUCUCUCGAGGAGCAGCUCAACGCCCUGUCACUCUCCUCCAGCCCCUCAUCAUCAAGCCCUGACCCCAAAGACACCGUGGCCCUGAAUGGCACCCGCUUCCCCUCGCAGUUGUUUGAGGACACGAGUAAGAGCACCAAGAUUUCUUCUAUUGUGUCUGAACUUGAUGCAAUUAGACAGAUUGGGGACAAUCAGAAAAGUGUGAUCGUGUCCCAGUGGACCAGCAUGCUCCACAUUGUGGCUGUCCAUCUGCAGAAAAUGGGCCUGAGAUACGGCGUUAUCGACGGGACUGUUAACCCCAAACGUCGCAUGGACUUGGUGGAAGAAUUCAACGUGAACCCCAAAGGACCACAGGUGAUGCUGGUUUCAUUGUGCGCUGGAGGGGUCGGACUCAACCUUAUCGGUGGGAAUCACCUCUUCCUCAUUGACAUGCACUGGAACCCUGCACUGGAGGACCAGGCCUGUGACCGAAUCUACAGAGUUGGACAGCGUAAAGAUGUCACCAUCCACAGGUUUGUGUGUGAGGGCACUGUGGAAGAGAAGAUUUCAACAUUGCAAGAGAGGAAGAAGGAGCUUGCCCAGAAUGUUCUGUCAGGAACAGGAAGCACCUUCACCAAACUCUCCCUGGCUGACCUUAGAAUCAUUUUUGGGGUUUGAGGAGGGAAAUAACUGAAGACUGUGGGCUGCUUUGUCAAAUCACAGCCAAGUGUCAUUUAUUCAGUAAUAAAGUUGACAAAGUCUUGACACAACAUGCCUUCUGUAUAUCUGCAACCAAAGGGAGCUCAGUGUUGCGAUGUGAGAUACUUACUGGGGUUUUAAAUAUUACACAAAAGCCACUGCAAUUCACUAUGCUUAACACUAAUGUUAAUGUGUUAUACAAUGACUUUUUUGGACCUGAACCAGACAUUUUUGAGUUCAAGGUUGGCAAAAAGGUCAUGUUAAGUAAUAGUGAUUUAACAAACACAUCUAUUUAAAAAUACUUUAUGUUGACAUUUCUGUGAUCUCAUAGUUUUGGUUGGUGUUUGUUUAUAUAAUAAUGCUUUAAUAAAUGCAUGUUUCCCCUUGU